AUGCGGUGGGAAAGCAAAGGGAUAGAAACUUUUUGGAGAGGUGCUCAUUUUGCUAGACUUAGCCAUGUGGCGCUUUUCUUUUCUUUUCUUGUCAUUUUCCGGGUUGAGAUCGAGGUGAAGGGGAGGUAUUGGAGGGUUAAGUGGUAG